CUUCUGUUAAUGGAAAGAAAAUUGCAAGAAGUCCACCCACUCUUAACCCUAUGUGGACAAAUAGUGGAAAACUGGCAAGGAAACCCCAUUCAGAAGGAGUCCCUCCGGGUGUUUUUUCUGGUUCUUCAGGUGACUCAUUACCUGGAUGCUGGGCAGGUGAAAAGUGUGAAGCCAUGUUUAAAGCAGCUCCAGCAGUGCAUUCAAGCUAUUUCCACACUUCAUGAUGAUGAAAUUUUACCUACCAACCCUGUUGAUCUCUUCCAUUGGCUGCCGAAGGAGCAUAUGUGUGUCCUCGUCUACCUGGUUACAGUAAUGCACUCAAUGCAAGCAGGCUAUUUGGAGAAGGCCCAGAAAUACACGGAUAAAGCACUCAUGCAACUAGAAAAGCUGAAAAUGUUAGACUGCAGUCCUAUAUUAUCUUCUUUCCAAGUUAUUUUAUUGGAGCACAUUAUCAUGUGUCGACUUGUCACAGGCCACAAAGCUACAGCAUUACAGGAGAUAUCCCAAGUCUGUCAACUGUGCCAACAGUCUCCUCGGCUGUUUUCCAAUCAUGCUGCCCAGUUACACACUCUAUUAGGUCUGUAUUGUAUUUCUGUGAACUGCAUGGACAGUGCAGAGGCUCAGUUCACUACUGCAUUACAGCUCACCACUCAUCAGGAAUUGUGGACGUUUAUUGUGACAAAUCUGGCCAGUGUGUAUAUACGAGAAGGAAACAGACACCAAGAGUUGUACAGUUUAUUGGAAAGAAUAAGCCCAGAUCACAAUUUCCCUGUAAGCUCUCACUGCCUCAGGGCAGCUGCUUUCUACAUCCGAGGUCUCUUCUCUUUCUUUCAAGGAAGAUAUAAUGAAGCAAAGAGGUUUUUGCGAGAAACUCUGAAAAUGUCAAAUGCAGAGGAUUUGAAUCGGUUAACUGCCUGCUCUCUUGUACUCCUGGGACACAUAUUCUAUGUUUUGGGAAACCAUAGGGAGAGUAAUAAUAUGGUGGUGCCAGCCAUGCAACUGGCAAGCAAGAUUCCAGACAUGUCUGUGCAGCUUUGGUCUUCAGCUCUGCUGAGAGACCUAAAUAAAGCUUGUGGAAAUGCAAUGGAUGCACAUGAAGCCUCUCAGCUUCAUCAGAACUUCUCUCAGCAGCUCCUCCAAGAUCAUAUUGAAGCAUGUAGCCUUCCAGAGCACAACCUUAUUAUGUGGACAGAUGGACCUCCUCCUGUACAGUUUCAGACGCAGAAUGUACCUACUACCAGCUUGGCCAGUCUUCUGUGAAAGAGGAGACUGGGGAAAGGAGAAUUGAAAGAAGGAAAAAACCAUGUAAUUUCUUAGAUAAUAAAAGCACUGUAGGAAAAAUACAAUAUUCAAAAAUACAGAAGUAUAAAAUACUAUACAACUAAUAGUCUUAUGCUUAUGAAUCAAGAGAGUUUUUUGAGAUAGUUUUUACAAUAAAAUUUGGUAUGUGUGCAUGUGUUCCUGAUUGUUAUAAACAUAACCAUCCUGAUUGUUAUAAACAUAACCAUCUUUUUUCACCUCUUAAAUUGCUGUGUUACAGUGUAUCUCAGAAUUAAGAGUACUGUUAGGAGGUAUGGAGGUGAUAUAUCUGUGUAAUAGAUUUGUUUUGAUUAGAAUGCUACUCUGUUCUUGAUAGAUAAAUUCUUAGAUUAAAAGUAGUAAAACAGACACCCUGUUUUAUAAUAAUAUAACUCAAGAAGCAAGAAGUUGUCAUUCUCCCUUGAUGUGCAUUAAUUAUAUCAUGCCAGGUGUUAAUAAAAUUAAUAAUAAUUA